GUUCUUGCUCUUCUGCACCUAAAAUGACUGACACACUGCUUCAUUAUACCGGAGGCCUUGUCGGCCUUAUAAUUCUUGUUCUAGAUAUUAUUGCCAUCUUUGAAAUUCUUCAAAGCUCCAGACCUGUUGUUCAUAAAUUGUUAUGGA